CCAACCUGGCUGAGUUUACCAUUUUGACCUUAUUAUCACAUUAUGGCCGCAUUUUAUGAGAUUUAUUCGGAUGAUAUAUUUGAGUUUUUAUCUUCCUUUUGCAACUCCCUACAUUCUUCUGUCUCAAAUAAAGGUAUAGGUGCACAUGAAGCCUCAAUAGUGGCGAUUUGAUGUAUGCUAGUGCUUGAUUUUUCUUCUGCCUAUUGCGGCUGUAUUUGAUCAUUCGAGUUAUCUUGCAAUAUUCAAUCAAUCAUGUGUGACCUUAUGUCCGCAACUCUUGACCGACCUGUCAAACUAGGUGGUCAUGAAAUGGAACAUUCUGAGGAUGAAAAGAAGAAAAGGGUUGGAUCGAUAAAGAAGGUGGCAAUCAGUGCCUCAAGUAAGUUCAAGCAUUCCUUCACAAAGAAGGGAAGGAGGCACAGCAGGGUUAUGUCUGUCUCUUUUGAGGAUGAUUUUGAUGCUGAAGAGCUGCAGGCAGUUGACGCUUUUCGCCAAACACUUAUCUUGGAAGAGCUAUUACCCUCAAAACAUGAUGAUCCUCAUAUGAUGCUAAGAUUUUUGAGGGCAAGAAAGUAUGACAUAGAGAAGACAAAACAAAUGUGGUCAGAUAUGCUUAAGUGGAGGAAGGAAUUUGGUGCUGACACUAUCAUGGAGGAUUUCGAAUUUAAGGAACUAGAUGAAGUUCUGAAAUACUAUCCACAAGGUCAUCACGGAGUUGACAAAGAAGGACGACCGGUUUACAUCGAAAGAUUGGGUCAGGUUGAUUGUAACAAGUUGUUGCAAGUAACAUCGGUCGAACGUUAUCUGAAGUACCAUGUAAGAGAGUUUGAGAGGACUUUUGCUGUGAAGUUGCCUGCUUGUUCAAUUGCAGCAAAGAAGCACAUUGAUCAAAGCACAACUAUUUUGGAUGUGCAAGGAGUGGGUCUUAAAAGUAUGAACAAAGCUGCAAGGGAUCUCCUCCAGCGGCUUCAGAAGAUUGAUGGUGACAACUAUCCCGAGUCCUUGAACCGUAUGUUCAUCAUCAAUGCUGGUUCUGGAUUUAGGCUCUUGUGGAACACUGUUAAGUCAUUCUUAGAUCCCAAGACUACCUCAAAAAUCCAUGUCCUAGGUAACAAAUACCAAAGCAAGUUGCUUGAAAUCAUUGAUGCCAGUGAACUUCCAGAAUUCUUGGGUGGUACUUGUACUUGUGCAGAUAAAGGUGGCUGCAUGCUAUCUGACAAGGGACCGUGGAACGAUCCAGAGAUCUUGAAGAUGGCUCAAAAUGGCGUCGGCAAAUGUACAAGAAAUGCCUUAUCGGGGAUUGAGGAGAAAACAAUCAGACAAGAUGAAACUGCAUAUCAGAAGGGAUUCAGAGACUCAUUUCCAGAGACACACGAUGUUCAUUGUUUGUCCCAGGAACAACCCAAAUCCUAUGGUGUUGCAAAACAAUGUGGUGUUUAUCAGUAUGAUUCCUAUGUUCCAGUACUUGACAAAUCAGUCGAUUCAUCUUGGAAGAAAACAACACAUAAUGACAAAUUUGCACUUUCUAAAGCUGCAGAUUGUUUCCCCAACAAUAAUGAAAAGAAUUCUGGUAGGAUUGGCAGUCAAUUUGUGGGUGGAAUAAUGGCCCUUGUUAUGGGAAUUGUAACCAUGAUCCGCAUGACAAGUAGCAUGCCAAGGAAACUCACUGAAGCAGCACUGUAUGGUAACUCAGAAUAUUAUGAUGGCACCAUGAUGAAAGCACCUGCCAUUUCAAGCAAUGAGUACAUGGCCAUGAUGAAGCGCAUGGCUGACCUUGAAGAAAAAGUUACUAUUCUCAGUGUUAGGCCCUCCAUGCCUCCAGAAAAAGAGGAAAUGCUAAAUAAUGCUCUAACCAGGGUCACUUCUCUUGAACAAGAGUUGGCUGCAACCAAAAAGGCACUAGAUGACGCCCUUGUUAGACAAAUAGAACUCCAAGCUCAAAUUGACAAGAAGAAAAAGAAGAAGUUGUUCCGCUUCCACUGGUAAGGUGAUAAUUGAACUAGUUAUGUGACCUUCAAAAACAAGACUUGUAAAGUUGGAGGCCUUCUAUGUCAUCAGCCCCAUCGAAUGCCUGCAGCAUUCACCUAUCUGCUUCAUACAAUAUUAUAAUUAUUAUAAUAAUUAUUAUUAUUAUUUAUUAUUACUACUACUAUUAUUAUUAUAUAUAAACUAAUAAAGUGUGCCAUCUUUUGACAAUUGUGUAUAUGUUACAUUAUCACAAUCGAGUCUCAAACCCACUGAUAGAAACAUUUGGUUUUCGUUAUCAAUGUAACUCCUUUGGCUAUACGCAAUCUGCAAACUUAAUGGAAAAGAUGUUUAUCUCCAAGUAUUAUUAUAUUUGUAUG